UGUGUGCGCCUAUGGCGGAGGCUAUCCGCGACGCUCCGCUGCCGCCCUGCCCGUGGGGGCAGGCUAGGAUAGACGGCAACUGCGCUGACAAGUGCAAGUUUGCGGGUUGUGGCACCGACUCGGUGUGCAAGAAGAACGACACGGGCGACGCAGUCUGCGUGUGCAUCAACCCCGAAUACGUGCUGCAACCCGACAAGUCAUGCGCACACCCGUGUGCCGGCACGUGGUGUGCCAUGGAUGACCCCAAUUCCUCGUGCGUGAAGCAGGAAGGCCAGCUGGCUACGUGCGUCUGCAACUGGGGCUUCGCCAUGACGCCCGACCGGGGCUGCGUCGACUCAUGCACGCUUAAGGCCUGUGUGGACGGCACGUGCAGCAAGGAUGAAAAUGGGAUGGCCGUCUGUUCCUGUGACGCCGAGGCUGGCUUCAAGCUGCAGCUUGACGGCAGGACGUGCAAGGACGUGUGCGUCAUCGAGGACUGUGAGGGCAAAGACGCCAAUUCUACGUGUGUGAGGAAUCUGGACGUGGCCCACUGUGUAUGCAAGACCAACUUCCAGCUGUUCGAGGGCGUAUGCACUGACACGUGCGAGGUGAAGGCGUGUGUGGAUGGCACGUGCACCCAGGACGUCAACGGAACGGCAUCGUGCCAUUGUGACGCCGACGCUGGCCUCGUGCUGCUGGAUGACGAGAGGACGUGCCAAGAUGUGUGCAUUAUCAAGGACUGUGAAGGCAGUGAUGCCAACUCCACGUGUGUCAAGAAUGGCAUCGUUGCAACCUGUGUCUGCAAGACUGGAUUCGAGCCGUUUGAGGGCAAAUGCACUGACACGUGCGAGGUGAAGGCGUGUGUGGAUGGCACGUGCACCCAGGACGUCAACGGAACGGCGUCCUGCCAUUGUGACGCCGACGCUGGCCUCGUGCUGCUGGAUGACGAGAGGACGUGCCAAGAUGUGUGCAUUAUCAAGGACUGUGAAGGCAGUGAUGCCAAUUCCACGUGUGUCAAGAAUGGCACCGAUGCCACCUGUGUCUGCAAGACUGGGUUCAAUCUGUUUGAGGGCAAAUGCAUUGACACGUGCGAGUUGAAGGGGUGUGGCGUAAACGGCAAGUGCCACAAGGACAGCACCACUGGAGAGCCAUCCUGUGUUUGCGAUCUGGGCUUCACGCUGCAGCCUGAUGGCACCACGUGCAAAGAUAACUGCGAGAUCCUGAGCUGCACUGGUCCCAAGGAGCACUGCGCCAAAGAGGUCACCACCGGCCAGGCAUACUGCAAAUGCGAUGAUUACUUCCACAGGGCAGUUGGCGGCUUUUGCCAGGAUUGGUGCCCCUUCAAGGGCUGCAACACCACCAUCUCAACUUGCGUGAGGAGGGUGGACGGGAUUCCCUUCUGCAUCUGCAACAAGGGUGUCCCGCUGACCACCAAGGCUUGCGUUGGCAAGGUGCCCUCAGCAUAG